AGCGCGUGGACGAGUUAAGUCCGCGGAGGUGCCUUGCUUAGGUUAAUAGGACUGAUUCGUGAACUGUUGUGUUGGUGCGUAUGCUCGCGUCCGCGGUGGCUCGACCAUGUUGAUAUCGGCGGGCAGCGGCCCUACACCCGAGUUCUCUCCCGCCUCGUGCUGCGCAUCCUGGAAGAUGGAGCCGGCGCCCCAAGCGCCCGCUUCCAUCUCGCAGCAGCUGAACAACGUGCCGGUGUCUCCAUCAUCAUCAGGCGGUGGCUCUGGGACCCCUUUGUACCCCGGCGCGGCAUCACACCCUCUAUCAUCAUUGCUGUCCCAGCAGAGGCUGUUGGAGUUGUCACGCUUCGGGUUGAGGCAUUACGACAUCGCACAUCACGUGCUGUCCCAGCAAGGUGCUGUUACUAAACUGCUUGGCACUCUUCGACCUCCGGGCCUAAUCGGUGGGAGCAAGCCAAAAGUUGCGACGCCGGCGGUUGUUUCCAAGAUAGAGCAGUACAAAAGAGAAAACCCAACGAUCUUCGCGUGGGAGAUUCGCGAGAGACUCAUUUCUGAAGGGGUCUGUACAAACGCAACUGCCCCGAGCGUAUCGUCGAUAAACAGGAUACUCAGAAACAGGGCAGCGGAGAGAGCCGCUGCAGAGUUUGCUCGGGCAGCCGGAUACGGUCUCUAUGCUGCCCCACCUCCGUACGGCGGAUUCCCAUGGGCUGGUGGCGGCGUUUGGCCCCCCGGUAGCUUACCUCUACCACCAGGAGUUCCAGCACCUUCUGUAGGAGUACCACACCCCGAUGCUAUGAAACAAGGCUUUCUGUCAUCAUCAGGACGUGGGUUUAUUGAUGUGGACGGUGAUGAUUCUGGCUCCCUGGACGGCGAACAGCCCAAAUUUAGAAGAAACCGUACAACGUUUAGUCCAGACCAAUUAGAAGAACUAGAAAAAGAAUUUGAAAAAUCUCAUUACCCCUGCGUAUCUACGCGAGAACGGCUAGCUUCUAAGACUUCCCUAUCCGAGGCUCGUGUCCAGGUUUGGUUUUCCAACAGACGAGCCAAGUGGAGGCGCCACCAGCGCAUGAACCUCCUCAAGCGCGGUGGCGGCUCCCCCUCGCACCGCUUGCCCCACUCCCCCUCCCGCUCCCGUUCUCGUUCUUUGUCCCCCGCGCGCGUCCCCUACCAUACCCCCCAGAUGGGCGGCGAGAAUAGUGCGUUCAAGGCUCUAGCGCACCAGGACCCAAGCGCGCUAAAAGCUCUCUCGCAGCAGGCUCAGUUCGAAACCACCGCGCUGAAAGCGCUUACACAGCAACAGUUCGACAGCAACGCGUAUAAACCGCAUCCAGCAUUAGAGACAAGCGCGUUCAAAUCACUCGUUCCGAACUCCGCCGCCGCUGCGCUGUUAGCCGCACAAUCGAUACAAUUGGCGCGCGGAUAUGAAUCUCAUUCCGAUUCCGACGAGGAAAUAAACGUUCACGACGAGAGUGAGGACGAAGCUGAGAAACAGAUUAACAAGACAAGAUCUAGAUCUGCGAGCCCCGAUCGGCAUAGAAUGGCGUCUAAUGACUUGCCGCUUCAAUUAACUAAACAUGACCGUUGAUUGGGAUUACGGUUAAUUUAUUUCAUUUUGUACUAAGAAUAUAAUGAUUCCUAUUUAAUGUCGAUGUUCCGAAUAAAUAAAUUAUGUAAAUUAUAAUCUUAGAUGUAGUUCACCCGCUCGCUUGUAAAUUCUUGUAAAUAAAUAUAAGUAUUAAGGUUGUCAAUAAAUGUAAAAGAUGGCUAUAAAUUUAA